AUUAAAACGAGCUAUAAUGUGGGUAUAACUUCAUGGGCCGUCUGAAAAGUAGAUGAUUUCUACGAGAGAAAUACACAUGUGAAGCGAACAACAGGAUACAUAAUAGUAUAUUGGCCUUUUCAGACAGAGUUCUAUUUCUACAUGGUCACGACAAUGUAAACGAAUAUUGGAAUCUACUUUAUCACUCUGUUCUACCGUGUUUAACGAACUCGAUUCAGAGAUAUAUAGUAAAAACAGAAAAAUACACAUUCAAGAAUGGAUUUAAGAGUUCUGUGCGUUUUAAGUGUUCUAUGUGCUACUGCCUACACAAAGAACAACGAAAGAAGAGCAGUGGGUUUUCUGUCAUUGGUUUCAACAUCAGUCGAUUUUGCCAAUUUCAUAUUUGAAAUUGUAAACGGGAAUGACGAAAAGGAAACAGCAUCUCCUGAAAAUUUGGAAAAUGCAAAAAAUGAAAUAAUCACUGCCUUCUCUGAAAAGCUAGCUGUCGUUCAGGACCAGUUGUAUGGGGGCAUAAAGGAAACGAUGUCCUUGUCAAAGAUUGAUGAAGUCAACUACAAGAUUCAGAGUGUUCUUCUCGAUUUAAGAGCAUAUUUAUUAGCGAAUGAAAGUGAAAAGAUCAUAGAAAAAGAACGAUUUGAAACGCAAGCCUCAUUGAUUAUCGCAGAUAUUCGAAGCCUCCCGUCACGUUUAGAAACGUCCCUUGCGAAUGCAGAUGUAUCUCUGUUAGAAUUAAUGGCUGCUAAUUCUAAAUGCAAUAUGUCUGGUAUUAAGGAAUUCAAGGAUUUAUUUUUCAAUCUAACACAAACUGGGAUAAUUAUUGAGCUUUCAUACAAGAAAUUAAAGCAAAACAGUCUUGUUACAGAGUCGGAAUGGUGGGACAGGCAGGUUCGACAAAUGAUAGAUUCUUUUGAAAAAGAAGACUCAAGGUGUAAAAGUAGAUUCCUUAUAUUUCUUAGAGGCGACAUGGAGACACUCGACAAUGUCAAAGAGUUAUCAAAUACAAUGCACCAGAAGUAUGUUUGGUACUUUAUUGAUGUAUUUAUCUUGCAACAAAAUAAUGGCGGAGAAGAAAUCUACAUUGAGGGCAAUGAGACAAAUAUGAUGACUAUGAGUGUAAACGGUCUUCGGAAAUACGUUAUAUAUGUAGACAAACAAACCAGACGUAAUGAUAUCAAGUGUAUUUUAUUAAAGACAAAUAUGCAGACACCGCUUAACGAAACAUUUAUUCUUGACAGAGACACCCCUGUACCUGGCUUUGUUUCGACAACUGAAGGGAACUUCAAAAAGACAACGUUCUUGUACGAUGAAACAGACGAAACAAGGUCCUGUCAUCCGGAGACUGUUCCAGUAGAUACGGUGAAGGAUCAAAACAAUAAAGACGAUGAAUCAAAGAAAGGAUUGGGUGCCGGUGAAAUUGUUGGCAUUGUUCUUGGCUCACUGGUAUUUCUCGUAGUGGUGGUGUCUUGGUGUUGCUUUAUAGCUCGUUGAUAACGAGUAUUUGUACAAAGUUAAGUAACGAAGAAGCCGUACAUGUAUAAAAAGACUCUGUGUGUUAGAAUGAAUAAAAAGACAACGAGUUUUAUUUUCCAAACUAUAUAUUUUUAAGUUGUAUUGUAUUAUUUAUUUCUUUCUUUUAAUUGAUAUACAUGUGUGUUUGUUUGUUUGUUUUUGUUCUAAAUUGUUGUAUUAUUAACGGCGAGUUACAACACCGAUACAAGAUUGUUUAGUUGCAUACUAGUCCAUGUAGUUUCCCUCUUGUACUUACAUUUCCCUUUUUCUGUGAAAUAAAAAAUACGACUUUAUAACUAG